AUGGGCCGGACAAGGUACUACGUUCACUCUCUCCUCUCUCUCCUCUCUCUCCUCUCUCUCCUCUCUCGCCCCUCUCUCCUCUCUCUCCCCUUUCUCCUCUCUCCCCUCUCUCCCCUCUCUCGCCCCUCACUCCUCUCUCGUCCCUCUCACCUUUCUCUCCCCUCUCUCCUCUCUCGCCCCUCUCUCCUCUCUCUCCUCUCUCUCCCCUUUCUCCUCUCUCUCUCCCUUCAGCCCCCUCACCCCAUUCUCUCCUCUCUCUCUCCCCUUUCUCUCCUCUCUCUGCUCGCUCUCCUCUCUCUCCUCUUCCCCCCUUCUCUCCUCUCGAGAAUCUCUCUCCUCUUCCUCCUCUUUCUCCUCUCUCACUCCCUUCCCCCAUGCCUCUCCUCUCUCUGUCUCCUUUCUCUCCCCUGUCUCCCCUCUCGCCCCUCUCUCCCCUCUCCCCUCUCUCUUCCCUCUCUUCCCUCUCUCCUCUCUCUCGCCGUUCUCCCCGAUCCCCUCGCUCUCCACCAAAAACGCUGCUCGAAGCGCUGCUGUCCACUGGCGAUUCGGCUUCCGCCUCGUCUCUCUCCCACCCGCGGCUUGUACCCGCGCCAUCCUUUCCCCCUCUGUCGUCCCCCCUCCGUCCCCCUUGCGCGGUUUCCCUGCGCCCUUGACUCCUCGCGCCCCCUUUACCGCGCCCGCCUGCGGGCGACGACGCGGAAACCGAAGGCGAGCGCGCGGCCGGGUGGGCGCUGCGUCCCGCGGCCUUUCCGCCCGCAGUCGACGCACGAGGGGCCCGCGGUGAGGAGCGGGCGCGGGGAUGGGCGCGCGGAGGCAAGGACAGAGGCGGAGGAGCGAGCAGAAGGCGGGGAGACAGGCUCCCCCGCGUGCGCUCUGCGCCUGUUCGAUUGGGUCUCGAGACGCGGAGGCACGAUGCGCAGCCGGCGGAAGGAUUUCGAGCCGCGCGCGUCGACCUCUCGUUUCCUCUCGUCCCUGUCCUCCGCCUCGUCCUCCUCCUCCUCCUCCCCCAUCCUCUCCUCACCCUCCUCGUCACGCACGAAAGACCCCUCUUCCUCACCUCUACAACUCAACCUCCCUGCUCCGUCGCCCUCGUCGCUGCUACUACUACAACAGCUGCUGUCGAAGCUCCGCGCUACUCCCCCCAGCGCCGUCGGGGUCCACGGCUUCUUCCGCGUGCUCCACCGCGCGGACGAAACAGGCGACCCCGCGCUGCUGCUGCCCAUGCGCGGACUCCCCGCGCGCGCAGCCGCAGCUGCAGCGGCGGACCCCGCGGGGGACCGCGCGGGAGGGGAAGGGCUCGGCGAGCGGGCGGACUGGGAUAGCGCGCCGGAAUCAGCGGGCGCGGACUCGUCCUCUUCAAGGACAGACGCGUGA